GGUGUUUUUCUUUUUUUUCCCUUCGCCCCUGGUUGAACGGACUUAACUACUGGCUGAUGUCUUAUGGCUGGUCCAGAGGAGAUGUCGGAUACGUUGGUGGCUGUGGGGACGAAGCGGUCGUCAUCGUUGGAUCUGGACCUGGACAGUCUCCAGCGGAAGAAGUUCAAGACGGAUGAGUUGCCUUUGUCCGCGGCGCAGCAUACCGCGAUUGAGAAUUUGCUGCACGCGUUCAAGAAACGGGGUGGGUUUGAUCAUAUUCGGAAGAAGAUCUGGGCCGAGUUUCAUGAUGGGGAAGGCAAGGUCGAGUUUACGAAACUCCUUGUUGAGCUGGCAGAGUCGGAGAUCGAUCGCGAACCGGGAUUGCUUGCGCGUGAGCGGGGGAAGGCUGCGACGCUGAUCGAGGGCGCUGUCGAUAGGAGCGAUGUCUACAAAAGUGUGGAGAAUUCGUUGGAUGCGCUGGCUGAGAAAUUUCUACUUGAUAUCCUCGGGUCGGUUCGCGAAAUUCGUCGCGAUGAAAUUGGUGAGGAGCUCGCUGUGCAGGAGGAGAGGGCUGGGAAUAAAACCGACGAGGACUACGCCAUCCAGGUGAAAGCGAAACGCGACGAGCGCGAAAAGGUCUGGCAGGAGGAGCUGCGCAAACAAAAGGAGAUUGAGGAGGAAGAGGCGCGCAAAAAGGCCGAGGAGGAUCGCAAGCGACGGGAGAUUGAGCGACAAAAAGAGGAAGAAGAGAGGGCGAGGAGGAGGGAGCGCGAGGAACAGCGACGUGAGGAGCAGCGGAAGCUGGAUGAGCAAAGGGAGAAGGAACGCCAGGAACGAUACGAGCGACGACGCCGGGAAGAGCGCGAGAGAUAUCGCGACUGGCGCGAUCGCAGCCGCACCAGAGACCGCGAUUCGGAUCGAGACAGGGAUAGAGAUCGCUACCGCUACCGGGAUCGCUCGCAAGGUUAUCGCUCUGAUCGCGCCCACUCUCCACGGUAUCGCGAGUCGCGAAAGGACAAGUCGCCAACCCCGAAAGAGCCCACACCCGCACCUGUGCCACCACCGCCCCCGGUGGACGAGAAGUCGUUGGAGGAGACGGCGCUACAACUUCUGCUGAAGGAGGGAGAGGAGCUGGCAGCCAAGGCGCGACAGAAACCCGAGUUCGACUUUGAGGAGGCAGAGGCGAUUGAGAACGGCCUCAAGCCACCACCGAAAGGACCCAAGGCUGAAUCGAGAUACUCCAACACUCCUACCAGGGCAGGGAGCCCGCCGGGCGACGCCGACGCAAAUCGAACCCGCGGAUCUACAGCAGACGAUCGCAAUCGGACAAGGAAGCGGGAGGAUAGUCGCAGUCGCUCGAGACGGAGGUUCUCGUCCCGGUUCGACGAUCCGGACAAGUCGCGCGAUGUAUCCAGCCAGCCGCGCAAUCGCGAUUCCGACGACCGACUUGUGCUUCGUGAUUUCCGCGACAACCGAUACGGCGACCGCAGCUAUCGGCCCAACCGCCGGAGCCGAAGCCGAUCUACCGUUCGAACCGAUCGUGACAGAGACCGUGACAGAGACCGAGAUCGAGACCGACGGGAUCGAGAUAGGGAUGGGGACAGGGACCGGGACAGAGAUAGGGACAGACACCGCGACGACUACCGUCGUCGACGAAGCUACUACUCUCGAUCCCGUUCUCGCCCUCGAUACCGCUCACACUCACGCUCACGUUCCGUCCAUCGGGAUCGAAACCAAGACCGUGACCGCGACCGCGACCGAGAGCGCACCAGAGAUCAAGACAGAGACAGGCCCCGCGACCCAGAAAGAGACCGACCCCGCGACCCAGAAAGAGACCGACCCCGAGAUCAAGACAGAGACCGGCCUCGAGACCAAGAUCGCGAGAGAGAAAGAGACAGAGACCGACCCCGUGAGCGCGAUCAAGACCACACACGCGAACAAACCCGCGAACGAGAACGAGAACGAGACACCGACGACACUCGUCCCCGCGAAGGCGAGAAAUCCCCCCGUGUACCAGGAUCAUCUCGUCGGCGAUCCCGCUCUCGCCGUCGCUCACGCAGUCGUUGCCGCUCACCAAGUCUCCUCGACAUCGACCGCUACGUCCCGCCCACUAGCCGUCGGAGCCGGUCUCCUCGUCGCCGGGUGCGGUCGCCUGAGCGACCAGAGAAGGAGCGUGAACGGGAACAGCGGGAACGCGAACGCGAACGAGAACGAGAAGAACGUCCACCGCCACGGGGGUUUGUCGAGAUUGAUCGGUAUAUUCCUGGUGGUGGUGCUGGUGGAGGUGGCGGUAAUGCUAGUGAGCAAAAGACCGAAGGGAAUAACAACAACAACAACAACAACAACAACAACGGGAAUCGGGACCGGGAGAGAGAACACAGGGAUAGGGAUAGGGAAAGGGAAAGGGAAAGAGAAAGAGAGCCCGAUGAGAGGAGACCGCCACGACGGAGCGCGAGUCGGAGACCAUCAUGAUGCAUUGAACUAACUACUUAUUCUAUCGGGAAGUAAGUAAGUAGGUGGGUAGGUAGUAGGGCACGUGUCUCUAAUGUAAUAUAAUGAAUGUAUUAUUUGGCAU